AUGUUUGUACAGUUCCAUCAUUUAUUAUUGCUUCUAAUAUCAAUUAUUAAACUAUGUCAAGCAGAUGAUAACGAUAAUUCCUUUUUCCAAUCAGUAUCACAACCAACAUUAAACUAUAAGGAUACAGGUGAUAGAAUAGGACUUUUCGGUUCAUUUGAAGAAUUAUCAUUUUAUUCCUUUGUUAAUUCUUCACAAAUAGUUAAUGAUCCUGAUAAUUCAGUAUCAAUAUUUCAAAAAAAGCGUGAUGUUUCAAAUUCCUCAUCAACAAGUUUCUCCAAUAGUUUAUAUCUUCAAGAUAUUACCAAUAAUUAUAGUUUGAAAUUUGCUGAUAUAAAUGGACAAGUGAAUCAAUUAUCAAAAAUCUCCAAUGAUUCUGUCAUAUUGAAUGGUAAUUUUACUCUGUUCAACAAUCAAUCAGUUAUUAGUCCCAUUAUUUUCACCAUCUCAUCCAAAGAAGUAACAAAAAUAUUUAACGAUGAUAUAAAUGGCACUGUUAAAACUAUAUUUCAUGACAACGACUUGAUUUAUUUGGGUGGUGAUUUUAAAUUCAACAAUACAUACAGUGCAGCAGUUUAUAAUAUUACUGCUAAAAAAGUCAACUCAACUCCCUUCCAAGGAUUUGGACCAAACUCUUCAAUCAACUCGAUUGCUAAAGUUUUAAAUGGAGAAAAAGACGAAGAAGAGUUGGGGUCUAUUCUUUUUGGAGGUCAAUUUGAUACUCUUGGAUUGUCUGAUUUAUUGGUUCAUAAUAUCACAUCCAAUAAUACUAAAAAACACAACACCAGUAACACAUCAAUUAUUAGUGCUGAACAAUUGAUUUCUCUUAGACAUGGUACUUUUACUUCAGUCAAUGGAGAAUCAUCAGAAGAAGAUGCAGCAGCUAUCGUUUGCCCUUCUGAUAACCACGAAUGGGCAGCACAAAAAAAUUCAGGUGCUGAAUGGAAAGUAGAAUUACCUGACGAAAUGAAAGGUAUCCAUCCAACCAAGGCAAGAAUCUAUAUCCCUGAGGGCCCCAAUGGAAUCAAAUUAUUUAGAAUUUAUUCUUAUCCUAACAAUGGUAUUAUGAAUUUAACUUAUAUCGACCCUGCUACUAACGAAUUGGCUUAUUGUGAUGCAUGGUGUCCAUUGCUUAAUUAUGACGAUUUGAAUGAUCAUGUCGAUAAUAAUAUACUUAAUGCCACCGACUUGAAUGAAGAUAAUUCAGUGUUUGUCGAUGAACAAGAUGGAUCUUAUUUCCAAUAUUAUGAUCCAUCAACGAAAACCAAGAAUUUAGGUUACGCAUCAAAUUUCCAAGAAUUUGCCUUUGUUGAUAAUGUUGGAGUCGAUACAGUUGGUGUGACUCUUAUUGAUUGGUAUGGUGAUCAAGGAAUAUUAGCUGGAUUUGAAUUAUAUCAAAACGCCAUCACUGUUUACGGGAAUGAUUCAUUAAAUGAUCCCAAUUGUCAAUCUGAUAUGUCUGAUGAUACUAAUAAUAAUGCCCAGAUUAAUUCUGGUACUUUCAAAUCAGUUCAAUCUAUAAACCCAGCCAUAACUAAUACUGAUUAUUUAGUCACUUCAGACACCAAUGCUAAAAUCACAAUGUAUCCAAACAUUUCUUACCUGGGUAAUUAUUCAAUUAUUAUGAUGACCCCUGGUUGUGCUUAUGAUGGAUCUUGUUCACGAAGGGCAAUUGUCAAUGUAACAGUUAUUGGAGAUGGCAAUGAUGUAUUAUCAACAAAAACCAUAUAUCAAAAUAAUGAAAAUGAUAAAUUUGAUUAUUUGUUCUAUGGUCAUUUAAAUGGAUCCAAGGCAAGUUCUUCCAGUAAUAGAAUUGAAAUUUCUUACAGGGGGACAGUUACCGAAGGUGUCACAGAUCCUUAUAUGGUUGUUGACAAGGUGAUAGCCAACAUUGUUUCCUUGGACAGUUAUUACGAUAAGAAUCUGACUAAUCAUACAAGAAAUAAUACUGGAUAUGAAUUGGCACCUAUAAAAUUGAAUGGGUUAUUUGAAUAUUCGUUAGCCAAUUUUUCACAAUUUGAUGAAUUAUUGGUGCACUACAAAAGAAAUAAUAAAACCUACAUCAGUCCUAAUAAUACUUUUGUUGGGAAUUCAUCAAUCAAUUUAUUAAGUGGACAAUUAUCUAAUGAAUCCCGUAUUGAUCAAAUUUCUUUACAAAAACAACAACAAAAUGGUAAUAAACAAUCAUUGCUACUAUUAGGGAAUUUUGAAUCUGAUAGUAAAAAUAUCACAUUAUCUAAUAACAAUUUAAUUUCUUUGACUAUUGACUCAUAUAACAAUACCCUUAAUGAAACAAACAUUGAUUUACCAUCAAAAUUAAAGAAAAGAGAUACACAAACAAUUCUUGGUGGCAAUUUCAACAAUUCAAUUACUCGUUUGAUUGAACUUCCUCGGGGCACUUUAGUCAUUGGUGAUUUUGCAUUGAGUGGGAAAGAUAGUUCAUCGUCCAUAAAAGAUUUGUCUAACAACAAUCAAUCAGUGUCAUCAGCAAAUAAUUUUGCCUUAUAUUCUGAUAAUCAAUGGUAUAGUUUUGGGAAUGAUUAUAUUAGCAAUGAUUUCAACCAAUUUACUAAUCUUACUUUAGAUCUGGUUGAAUAUUAUGUGUUUUCAGGUAAUGGAAAGUUUAAAACUUGGGACAAUGAUAAUUCUAAUUGGAUUACUGAUGCUUCCAAACAAUUGAAUCUUACUCAAGCAGCUCAAAUUAAUGAUCGUCAACAAAUUCUUGGUGGUACUGGGUUUAGUACCAUGCAAUUUCAAAGUGUUGAUCAAGCCUAUAUUGCCGAUGGGAAUUUCAGUAAAUUUGGUAUUGAUGUCAUUGCCAAUAAAUCAUUUAUGAUUAGUAACUCAUAUUAUGUGAAUGAUUCAUUGAGUGUUAUUGGAGGUAAAUUUGAAACUAAAGAUGUCAAAAAUGUUGGAUUUAUUAGUAAUUCUGAUCCAAAUAAUACCAUGACUGCUUUACAAGGUUCAAUAGUAUGGGGAGAUAAUACAGUGAUUCAAUCUUUAUAUGUUGAUAGUAGUGAUGAAUAUCUUUUUAUGGGGGUUAAUGGGUCAGUAAAAAUUAAUGAGCAAACUAACGUUACGGGUAUUGUCAUAUAUGAUUUGGUUAAUAAUACUUUUACUUCAUUCCAACCAGCAGAACUUUCUCAUAGUAAUGGUGAUCCUAUAUCAGUUAAUUCCAUGGUAUUAUUUGAUAAAGGAAAUAAAUUAUUAGUAGGUGGAGAUUUUGAUCUUGCUGGUUCAUUAUCUUGUCCUUCAUUGUGUGUUUAUGAUAUUGCUAACACAAGAUGGAUAAACCCACAAAAUGAUGCUACUACUACACAAACCAUAGGUGGAGUUGUUACUGAUAUGAAAUUUUUCCAAAGUAAUCAAGUAUUAAUUACUGGAAGUGAAUUAAAAUUGAAUGACAAUAGUGGAAUUAACUUUUUAAUCUAUAAUUUCAAUACCAAUUCAUUUAGUGUUAAAGAUUCAUUAAAUAAACUUGAUCAAACGGUGGAGAAAUUCAUUUUGAAUGAUGAAAAUAAUAAAAAUUUGGAUGGAAGAAUGAUUGUUUUUGGAGAAAAAUUUAUUAGUGGAUUUGAUGGAUCAAAUUGGCAACGUAUUGAUAAUGAUAUAAUUUAUGAAAAUUUCACUAGAUUUAAUGAUAUGAAAUUAUUAACUUUAGAUAAACCAUCAGAUUAUAAUCAAACUUAUUUUGAUAAAUCAAAAAUUUUCACAAUAGCUGGCGUUUUCCGAUUGAAAGAUUAUGGAUUAGUCAAUAUGGCAUUAUUUAAUGGUACUUCGUGGAUUCCUUAUGUUUUCACUUCUGUUCAACAACAACAACAACAACAACUGACCGAUUCAAGUUCUUCUCCAUUACAAAUUGGACAAAUACAAUCAAUAUUAAUUGAUGAUUCUUAUAGAUUUCAAUCAUCGGAUGAUUUGAAAAAAAUUAAUAAGAAUUUAUCUCGUGGUAAAAUUGUGGGUAUUUCAUUAGCUUGUGCCUUGGGUUCAACUACUUUAUUAGGAUUAUUAUACAUUAUACCUUAUUUUGCAUUAUUUAAAAAUAGGAAAGACGGAUAUUUCCAACCAGAAAGAAUUCACGAAGAUGAAAUGAUGGAUGCAGUUAAUCCAGAAGAUUUACUUCAUGAAAUAGAUUUACAAAGAGAGAAAUAA